UUAACUUUUGUUUUUAUUUUGUUUCAGGUUAAUAAAAUGAAUUGGUGGAGCAAAUUAGUAGUUUCGGAUCCAGAAAUAAGCACCAAAAAAAUCAAUCCAGAACCGUCAAAACUUAGUGAUUUGGAUGGUGAAACUAGAGGUUUAGUAGAGAAGAUGAUGUACGAUCAAAGACAAAAAGAAAUGGGUUUACCAACCAGUGAUGAACAAAAGAAACAGGACGUAUUGAAAAAGUUUAUGGAACAACAUCCAGAAAUGGACUUUUCAAAAUGCAAAUUUAAUUAAAAAAGUCACACUUACCUUAUUAUUAUUCCAUGCCUUUAUUAUAUUUUGUAUUUUAA